UAAAACACGAGUUUUGGACGAAAACAAAACCGCCGCGUCUUUGUGUUCAUCUCCCUCAGACAGAUCUAAUCACGAAGUCGUCUCUUCUCCCUAACCAAAAACGUAAGUGAACUCAAAUAAGAUAUGGCUGAGGCAACACCUGCUUUGAGGAAGCCUGUGUUCACCAAAGUUAAUGAGCUGAGGCCAGGAACCAAUGGUCACUCGCUGAACGUGAAAGUUAUCAGCACGAAGACAGUGAUGCAGAGAGGAGGAGGUCGUCCUAGUGGUCCUCAGGCUCGUCAGAUGCGGAUUGCUGAAUGUCUUGUUGGUGAUGAGACUGGUAUCAUUAUCUUUACUGCCCGAAACGAUCAAGUGGAUUUGAUGAAAGAAGGCAAGGUGGUGACACUGCGCAAUGCAAAGAUUGACAUGUACAAGGGAUCUAUGAGGCUUGCAGUUGAUAGAUGGGGCCGUGUUGAAGUGGCAGAGGAGGCCACAGACAUCACUGUCAAGGAAGAUAACAAUCUUUCUCUCAUCGAGUAUGAGCUUGUGAGCGUGGAAGCUUGAUUUAGUUCAGCCAGCCACCAAAAGAGAGCAGAGUGACUCAGAACAUCCAUUCUUUACUCUGUAGUUGGAGAAGCAACAGCAACCUCUCUCUUUCUCUGCUUUGAGUUUUGCGUAUUAGAAUUUGCAGAUGGGUUUGUUGCUAGUUUCAGUUUUUUAUGUAUGAUCCGGCUUAACUCUGUAGUCGUUUUGAAAAUCAGGUUGGAAAUUUUUUAAAGUA